UGGUCAGCGCUCGCCACCACAUUCUUAUAUCGCCACACACCCGGUCCGAGUGAGGAAACUCCCGAGCGGAAUAUUUUGCGACAGAGGAUUUCUUCAAUGUUCGCUAAAAUAAGGAGUCCAAAAAUCCAAACACCUCUGACUUGUUCUGCGUGGCAUCCCAGCCGUGCACAGCUAGUCACCAAAGCAGUGGUAACCUCCAGUUUAGCCCUGCCCAUUCUCACACACUCCACCGGCCUGGCUCAAGGAGGGAGGGAAAAUCAUACGAUUGUUGAUAUUGUGGGUUCAAUAGUUGUUGCUUUACACGUGUCACGACUUCUGGUUAUUGUUUUCAGUGCAGACAGCUUUUGAAAGACUGCCCAGAAUUGGUUUCGAAUUUGGUAGCUCGUUAAACUGCAAGUUUGUAUCCGUAGCCUAAAGAGGCACGAGUGCUCACAAGCUAGUAACGUUAGCGACACAAUACAGCAGACGAGUUCCAUCCCUCCAGACGUAACUUCGAGAGGCCAUUCAGUGUGCCUACAUGGGACUAUUUCCGAUAAUGCAUCAGCCUGUCAUAUUUUACCGAUCAGCAUUCUCGCAUUGAGCAACAUAACACACAUUUGUAACGGGGAACCGUAUAAUAUUUGCUUAGUAAGCUAGCCAUCUUGCUAGACAGGCCAGCUUCCUUGUAUCAAAUAGCAAACCGUCUAGUACUAGUAGCUAACGUUAAUGGUGGCUGGACUGCGUUGUCAGAACUAUGGAAAUGAGAACGUUAGUUUGUUUUAAAGUGCCUGUUUUUUUUUAGAUUAUUAGCAAACCGUAUAUAAUUUUUGAGACAUUGACUCCAAACACGGAAGCUAAUAAUCGUAUUUAAACAAAAAAAAAUGUAAUUAUCACAUUUAUGUUGGAUUUGAGUUGCUGAGAGCCAACAAAAGACUCAAUUUUGGAUAUCAAUUGACGAGACGAAUGAUUUCUGUGUCCCUGGUUUUAACUGGAUUUGGCCUCCCCCUUUUGGUUCGACGCGGGAGCAGCGGGAUUUCGACGUCCCACUCAUCUGUCACGUCGAUAUUUGUAUACAUUUUCCUAUCCCUCCCUCCCACAACCUUUCCCCGUUUCUCUCUCCGAUGCGGAGUGCUGAGUAACGCCGGCAACCAAAUCGAUAACGGCGGCCGGACAUGCUGAAGUGUAUCCCUUUGUGGCGUUGUAACCGCCACGUCGAGUCAGUGGACAAGCGACAUUGUAAUUUGCAAAAUGUCCCCGACGAGAUAUUUCGCUACAGCCGCAGUCUGGAGGAGCUUCUCCUCGACGCUAACCAACUCCGAGAACUACCCAAGCCUUUCUUCAGACUUCUGAACCUGCGGAAACUGGGUCUGAGUGACAAUGAGAUCCAGAGGCUCCCUCCUGAGGUGGCCAACUUCAUGCAGCUGGUGGAGCUCGACAUCUCCAGAAACGACAUUCCUGAGAUCCCCGAGAGCAUUAAAUUCUGCAAAGCAUUGGAGAUUGCAGACUUCAGUGGAAACCCCCUCUCCAAGUUGCCUGAUGGUUUCACUCAGCUCAGAGGGCUCGCCCACCUGGCACUUAACGACGUGUCAUUGCAGACACUGCCCAACGACAUAGGAAACCUGGCCAACCUGGUGACGCUGGAGCUCAGGGAGAACCUGCUCAAGUCCCUGCCCACGUCACUCUCUUUCCUGGUGAAACUGGAGCAUCUGGACCUGGGCAGCAAUGAACUGGAUGUGUUGCCGGACACACUUGGUGCUCUCCCUAACCUACGAGAGCUGUGGUUGGACCGCAACCAGCUCUCCUCUUUGCCACUAGAGCUGGGGAACCUGCAGAGACUCGUGUGUCUAGACGUGUCAGAGAACCGACUGGAGGAGUUGCCCUCAGAGCUCAGCGGCCUGCUGGCCCUCACUGACCUGCUGCUCUCACACAACCUCCUGGAGGUGGUCCCCGACAGCAUAGGCUCUCUGAAGCAGCUGUCCAUCCUGAAAGUGGACCAGAACCGACUGACCCACCUGAGUGACUCCAUAGGAGAGUGUGAGAACCUGACGGAACUCGUACUGACCGAGAACCUCUUACAGACUCUGCCUCGCUCGCUGGGCAAGUUGAAGAAGCUGACCAACUUGAAUGUGGACCGCAACCGGCUGGGCGACGUGCCAGAUGAGCUGGGUGGUUGCGCCAGCCUCAACGUGCUCUCCCUCAGAGACAAUCGCAUGGCCAAAUUGCCCGCUGAGCUGGCUGACGCCACUGAGCUUCAUGUUCUGGAUGUGGCAGGGAACAGGUUACAGAACCUGCCGUUUGCCCUGGCCAACCUCAACCUGAAGGCCAUGUGGCUGGCAGAGAACCAGUCCCAGCCCAUGCUCAAGUUCCAGACGGAGGACGACGAGAGCACCGGGGAGAAGGUGCUCACCUGCUACCUGUUGCCCCAGCAGCCCUCCCCUAGCCUGGAGAAUCUGCUGCAGAACAGUGUGGACGACAGCUGGAUAGACAGCAACCUGAACCGGGUGUCCGUUAUCCAGUUCCAGGAGGAGACCACCAAGCAGGAUGAGGACGAUGAGGCGGCUGCAGAGCGCAGGGGUCUCCAGCGCCGGGCGACGCCCCACCCCAGUGAGCUGAAGGUCAUGAAGAAGGUGAUUGAGGAGAAGAGGAAUGAGGCCUACAUAUCCUGUCAUGAUGGAGAGCCAGAGUCUCCUGGUACUGAGGAGAAACGACUGAGCAAUCUGUCCAAUCAGAGCCACGACUCUGCGGCGUCCAACAGCACAGCCUCUGCCAACUCUCACGAGGAGAGACGGUGCGUGAUUACCACAGCGAGAGAGAGCCUAGUGGGUGGGCGUGGUGAACAGGAGGAGGAGGAGCUAGACGAGAUGGAGGUGGAGUAUGUGGAGCCCACGGUGCACUUUGCAGAGGAGCCCAUAUACCAGGGUGGGAAUGAGGACGGUGAGGACGAGGAGGGUGGGGACGGGGUCCCAUGCAGCGACAUAGAGGAACAGAGGCCCCAGUUCCCUACGGAGAAGCAGCGUCUGAUCAGGAAGGACACGCCGCACUACAAGAAGCACUUCAAGAUCACCAAGCUGCCAAAACCCGAGGCGGUGGCCGCGUUGCUGCAGGGCUUCAGCCCCGACGCACACCUGGCCCAACACCCCACCUCGCACCACCCUGACCCCGAGAAGGAGGAAGAGGAAGAGGAGGAGUGUAUGGUUACUCCACAGCGCCACAACAGAAUAGAAGAGCCAAAGCAGGAGGAGAGGAGUCUGCUUCAUGUCAACUCUUCCCUGCAGCCGGUCAAGGGGGUGUCAUUUGAUCAAGUCAAUAAUCUCCUGAUUGAGCCUGCUCGAAUUGAGGAGGAAGAGUACACCCUGACCAUUCUACGUCAAACUGGGGGCCUGGGCAUCAGCAUAGCCGGAGGACAGGGAUCCACACCCUACAAGGGGGAUGAUGAGGGAAUUUUCAUCUCCAGGGUGUCUGAAGAGGGCCCUGCAGCGCAGGCUGGGGUCAAAGUGGGAGACAAACUCCUAGAGGUGAACGGUGUGGUUCUCCAGGGGGCAGAGCACCACACAGCGGUAGAGGCCCUGCGCAGCUCGGGCGCCGCCGUCUCCAUGAGCGUCCUCCGGGAGCACAUGGUGGAGCCGGAGAACGCCAUCACCACCACACCGCUAAGGCCAGAGGACGACUAUUUCCCCCGGGAGAGACAGGCCAGUGGCCUUCCCUUCUGCAUUGAGGCAGGCUCCCCCGCAGGCUUCCGACACAGGCUGUCUGCCUGCCUGGUCCGCAAUGACAAAGGUCUCGGCUUCAGCAUUGCCGGGGGCAAAGGCUCCACAGCCUACCGCACGGGGGACAUGGGGAUCUACAUCUCGCGGAUCGCAGAGGGAGGGGCGGCCCACAGAGACUGCACACUCCGAGUAGGGGACAGGGUCAUCACCAUCAAUGGCGUAGACAUGACCGAGGCCAGGCACGACCAGGCAGUAGCGCUGCUUACCGGCACCUCUCCCACCAUUGCUCUCCUGGUGGAGCGUGACCAGGCCGAGCCGGGCACCCCAGGGUGCUCCCCGGGCCUGUCCCGUGCCCGCACCCACUCCCCCCCACCUCCAGAGCCCUCUGACUCACCCGACCAGGAAGAGGGCAACGACGACUCCAGCCUCUUGCCCCACGGGAACCACCUGAGCCAGCCGCUGGAGGACGAAUACCCCAUCGAGGAAGUGGUGUUGGUGAAAGCGGGCGGCCCCCUGGGACUGAGCAUCGUGGGAGGCAGUGAUCACGCCAGUCACCCGUUCGGCAUCAACGAGCCUGGCGUCUUCAUCUCUAAGGUGAUCCCCCAUGGCUUGGCGUGUCAGAGUGGGCUGCGGGUGGGGGACAGGAUACUGGAGGUGAACACCAUCGACCUGCGCCACGCCACCCACCAGGAGGCUGUUAAAGCCCUGCUCUCCAACAAGCAGGAGAUCCGCAUGCUGGUGCGCAGGGACCCCUCGCCUCCCGGGAUGGAGGAGAUAGUGAUCCAGAAGCAGCCUGGAGAAAAGCUGGGCAUCAGCAUCCGCGGCGGUGCCAAGGGCCACGCUGGCAACCCCUUCGACGCCACCGAUGAGGGCAUUUUCAUAUCCAAGGUGAGCUCCAGCGGUGCGGCGGCCAGGGAUGGCCGUCUGCUUGUGGGCAUGCGGAUCUUGGAGGUGAGUAACUACAGCCUGCUGGGCAUGACCCACACGGAGGCUGUACGCGUGCUCCGCGCCGUGGGAGACACCCUGGUCAUGCUGGUGUGUGACGGCUUCGACCCUGGCAACGCUGCCGCUGUAGAGGCGUCACCGGGCAUCAUUGCCAACCCGUUUGCCGCAGGCAUCGUGCGUAAGAACAGCAUGGAGAGCAUCUCCUCUAUAGACCGAGACCUGAGUCCCGAGGAGAUGGACAUCCUACAGAAGGAGGUGGAGAUGGUGCGAGAGACGUCCCAGUGGGAGAGAGAAGAGAUGGAGAAGGUGGAGCGCAUGCGCUUGGAGCGUGAGGAAGAUACUCGCCUGCUAGAAGAGAAGACCGAGAACCUGGGCACUGGGCCUCUGAAACUGGACUACCGGACGCUGGCCGCACUGCCCACCACCGCUCUUCAGAAGGUCAACAGGUUAUCUCCUUCUGUCAGUGCAACUGCCCCCAUGGAGGCCCCCAUUCAGGCCCAAUGUUCUUUCACCGUAGAGCCCCUGGGUUUUGACUUGGGGCAGCCCCCCACCUCCCUCUUCCCUCUUCCCCAUGCUCUACCUCAGUCCGGCCCCAUUAUGAACACAGAGGCAGGGCCCCUCUACAUGUUCCAGCACUCUCCCAGUCCCUUGAUAACCGCCUCCAAUCAAGGAGCAGCUAGACAAGAAGCCCUGCCUACUGGUGAAGAUGAGGAGGUGGUGGUUCUGGUGGACUCCCAGCCAAUCAACUUCACUGAGAACCCCUUCCUGGUGGCCAAUCGCAGGGGCAAGGGGUGCCCCCCCUCUGAGCGCAUCCUCUCAGGGCCUCCUGUGGGCUACGGGAGUGCGGGCAAACUGCAGCCCUGGUUAUUCAGCAAGGCGCCCUCCACUGAGCCCCCCAGGACAGACAGUCCCAUUAGAGACGCCCCCUACUCACCAACCACACAACCGGCAAGCAUUCAUUUCACCCCUACUGCACUGCCUGCCAAGGAGGAAAUCUCACCACUGAGUCCCUAUGAGACAAGGCCAGGUGCCAUCCAGCCCCUCUCCCGUGGUGGCGGGCGGCCGAUCACCUCUCCAGCCACUCCGGACGGGCACAGCAGCCCCAAUCCCUUCCAGCAUGGCCCCUCCCCCAUCAACUCUCAGACCUUUCUGCAGCCUCGUGCCCCCUCCCCCGACACGAUCGAUGAGUUCCCCCUGAACCCCAAGCAGGCAUACAAGGCAUUCGCCGCCGUGCCUCACUGGCUGGCCGUGCUGGAGCCUCCCCCGCAGGAUCUGUUUGGCCAGAGGAACAACGUCCACCACAAUCAGCCUUCUCCAGAGACUCCAUCACCUGGUGGCAGAGACGACCUGGCGCAGCGCUCCUUCAGGGACAGACAGAAGUACUUUGAGAUCGACAUGAAGCAGCAGACGCCCGACACCAAGCCCAAAGGCCGCGUGUCCCUGGUUGGAGCAGACGACCUGAAGAAGAUGAGGGAGGAGGAAGAGAGGAGAUUCGAGCAGCGGGCACGGGAGUACCUGAUGGAUGAAGAUGACGAGGAGGAGGAUGACCUGGUGAAGCAGAUGGGAGUGUUGAAGGCCACGGGCAAAGUGGUGCUGGACGGGGUGGAGUACAAGGUGGAGCCUGUAGCCACCCCCCGCAGGCACUGUAACACGCCCCCCAGCUACAGCGCCACACCCCCUAGCUACUGUGGUAGCUCAGGGCCCUCGUCAGUGGAUGGUAAAGGAGACUCUCAGAGGAUUUCCUUAGAGGAGAGCUUCAAGCUGGAGCAGCAGAGGCCCAACUCCAUGACUGGUCUGAUCCCAGUGUACCCUGGAGAGUCGGGGGCUCCCAUCCGGACAGCCAAGGCAGAACGGAGGCAACAGGAGCGGCUGAGGAUGCAGAGUCCAGAGCUGGCCCCAGCUGGAGACAAGGACCUCUCCCCCUCCGAGAAACGGGCUCUGGAAGCCGAGAAGAGAGCCUUGUGGAGGGCAGCAAGGCCCUAUGGCCUAGAGGAGGAUGUUAGGCAGUAUGAGCAGGACCUGGCUAAGAGGCUCUACCAGUCGCGAGUGAGGGCGUCUCAGGGCACCGCGCCACCCCCUCAGUCCCAAAACGCAGCCGCCUCUUCCGCUGCCUCCCAGCUCAGGAUGAAGUCUCUGGAGCAGGAUGCUUUGAAGGCUCAGAUGGUCAUCGCUAAGUCCAGGGAGGGAAAGAAGCGUGGCACACUGGACCAGCUGGCCGAGUCGCCCUCGCCCGCCCUCACGCCAUCCCCCACCCCUCUGGAAGAUUUCAGUCCACAAGGAGUAACGUCACCAGGCAGACUGUCCCUGUCAGAAAAUAAGUUUGACUACCGACAGUUUGCUGCCAUUCCUUCUUCCAAACCCGUAUACGACAUCCAGUCCCCUGACGUGGUCGAUGACAUUCAGUUCAUUGACGAUGGCUCCAGUAACCCAGUGCAUGCUGCGGAUCCCGGGACUGAGGUUCCCACUGCCACCUCAGCACUGGAGAUGGCCCUCUACAGCAACACGCGCCAGCUGAGGCAGGGCUGCCGCAGCCUGGAGACCGCCGUGCCCACAUAACACAUCACACACAUCUACCACAAGAGACUUGGGAGACAUACAUACACAGAGGAGGCACCGGGUCACUACACACACUCACAGGUUUGGGAGAUGCGUCCCAUGUAACCACUGCAGAGACCAUGAUGCUGAUAGUCAACAGACACACACACACACACACACACAAUGUCAUAUCUUGCCUUUACAGUCUGAGGAUGUGUUGGCCUGAACAUGAGGCCCAACGUUCCUGAGGCCAGGGAGGAGGAGGGCUGGUGAGGGGAGCUAGCGUUACGCUUCAGAAAUACCAUUCUCUUUUUUAUUUGGGUUAUUUUUCUUCAGUUUACGUUUUAGUAGCUGAAUUAUACAGGUGACUUAUGUUUUUACUUUUGACCCUCUGAUUUUUGCUGUUUUAAAUGAAAAAUGUGUUCUGGAAGAGAAAGGAAAAAAUAUGAAUUGUGUAGAUGUAAUACUAAUUUUUCAGAUGCUAUUUUUGAGGUUUUCAAUGAAUAUAUUGUGAAAUGUCAAGAUUUUUAGCGGGCUUCGGGGGGGCGUGUAUAUAUUGGGAACAUACUGCUACCUUCACUUCCACAUUUUAAACACUACAUACAUAUCUCAACUGCACUACCACACUACUUAGAAAACAACAUGUUUAUUUUUAAAUAAUUUAUUUUGCUUGUAUUUUAUUACUCGAUUCUAAAGCCUCCCCUGUAAUACAUUGUUGUUACCCCCUGUACUUUCGAGUGCAACAGAACAAUGCAUAUCAUUUUAUUUAUCAUAAUGACAUCAAUGCAUAUCAUGAUAUCAUAUUAAUUCAAAUGUACAUCUUAGGAGGCAAGCACAUGUUUAAUCCAUAUCACCAAGAUAUAUUUUAUUUUACAAUGAAUACAUUUGUUUUCACUCUGAUGCACAGGCCUUAACCAGGUUCUGACUGGUACAUUACAAGGAACAUGCUGUCACAGACUUGUAGGAUACUGAUCCCAGUACAGUUGUUUGAUCUCGGUGGAUCAGAGUAAAGGAUCUCUAGCUUUCCUGGACCAGGUUUAUCAAAUUCUGUCCCAUUCCUAUUCUCGAGAAUGUAACUACACUGGAGAGACCAGCAGAGACACCCACAUACACAUGGACAGAUAAGCCACUAGUCUUUAUUCAAAAUGGCUGUAAAUUUAGGAACAUAAUCUCAGCUUCAUCUCCAUUUACAUAUACGGUACUUUCCUUGCCCUUUUGGUGGAAAUCAUUUGUCAAUGUGAAUCUCACUCCUAUCUGGAUGGUUUUCCAGAUUUUACCGGUGAAGGUAGCAGGUGUUUGCUUUUUUUUUUUAUCUGCCUUUGAUUAAUUUAAAUCUGACACCCACUGAAAAUCCUUUAUUGUUGUGUGAAUAAUGUACAAAAUACUGAAUGGAAAGCUAAAUGUACGGUUGAAAUUGAGCCAGUCUACUAAGCCAAGACCAAGCAAGUGUCUGGACUGGGGAGCUCUCUCCCUACCUCUCUCUCUCUCUCUCUCUCUGCAUGUACAAUAUAUUGGCUUUACUGGGAGAACCUGUAGAGGCAGAAGACAUUUUGUUAAUCCCUUUUGAAAUGGAUCUCAUUCGACCAUCAUUCUCAAUCUCUUUCCUCUGCUUUACCUGCUGCUGUCAUGGAUGUUAUCUGAUGGCAGCUUUGUUGGAGAGUCAUGAUAGAAGCACUCGUGUUUAAUUUAAUGUACUAAUCAUAUCUUUCUGCGUUGCUUUCGCUGACUGAAAUUCAGUUAGGAUGAUAACAUUUGCGAUUGGUUGACAAUUUUUAUUUUUAUUUUUUACUUACUGUAGUGGGUAAAACUUAAGACAAAAUGGGAUUCAUAACAUUUUUUUAUGCCAAACAACUGUUGGAACUUCCUUUUGGUUACACUCUUCUCUUGAAUUAUUUUGGGGGACUAUUUUUCCCAAAUGUGUCAGAGGGAAAGGGUAGAAGUGCUGGGGUCAAAGCUCAUCCAAAACUGUAACUAGUGAAUUUGUACAACCAAAGAGGUCUAUUUUGUGGUUCACGAAUAAAAAAAGUUUACUUUUCAUUUAACAAGCUGA